GGUCUGGCGGAAUCAGCGGUCAAGCACUUCAAGCGGGGACUGCGGAAGCUGCAAGCCCGCUAUGGCGACGACUGGCCCCGCUACUUCUACGACCUGCUGUUUGCGCACCGCAUCUGCGUCCGGGGCGCCACACUCUUCUCGGCGUUCCACAUGGUGUACGGACGCCAUCAGAUACUUCCGGUAGAGCGACUCUUCGCUCAACGCUACCGUACGACGCUGGCCGCCACCGACGAGGAAGUGGAUGACGUCACCAGCCGCUGUCUGGAGGUCAUCGUGGCAACUCAGAGGCUCAACGCUCUGCUUCGCGCCACCCACCAGGCGCAGAUCUCACGAGCGGCGGCCUUCAACCAGGACCUCCUCCCCGACGAGGCGCGGUCCUACGUCGUCGCGUGUCUACGCCGCAACCCCACUUGUUUCGACGCGCCAGAAGAGCCCUGGGCGAAACGCGACCGCUCACCGGCGGCCAUCCGACCGGAGCGCGCGCAAGAAGGCGACCGCGAGCACCCCCCUCGCCUUGCGGCUCAGCGUGCGGCGGCCGCCAUCCAGGAAGUGGCUGUCGCCGAGGCCGUUCAGCCCCCUGCCCCGGCGCCUGCUCCGGCGGAACGGCCCCCGCCAAGGCGGCCCUCGCGGCAGCCGCGCCCCAGUCCCCAGCGUGGCGCACAAGCGACGGCCGCGACUUCCCCUUCCACUGGCGUGGACUACAGCGCCAUCUUCAACACGGCGGCGCGCGGCGCGAGCGCCGCCAAUACCCUUCAGGCCGCCAUCCUCCGGUUGCUCAACUCCCUCGCCGAGCAGCCGUUCCCCUGUCCGGACCCGAUCUGGGGCACUCGGCGACAGCUCACUAACGAGCUGCUUGCUACCCCCGACCUCCAGCCCUCCAACCGGCGUGCCAGCAUGGGCAACAUCCCGGUCAUCGACAACCUCUGCCAGCUCAUCUCUGCCACGUCACGCGCAGACACGGGCCUCGCGCAGCACGUCUGCGCUUUUCUGCAGCGCUUUCUGGCCACCGGUGCGCGGGCAGGCCCUCCGGCGGGCGGCCCCCCACCUUCACCUGGCGGCCGGGGCCCUCCGCGUGACGACUCUUGCGCUGGCGGCCGCGGCCACAGCUCCCCUGCCGACCAGCGAGACAACGGCGGCGGCGGACGCGGCGGCGGCCGCGACAGACGCUCACCCCCUCCAGAUGACGGUGCGAAGCGAAGGCGCCUGGGCGACGGCGAGCAGGACGCCGAGAAGCCCCACCGCGAGUUGCGUCAGCGGGUCCGCGAGCGCGCCCCUUCACCACCGGACCGGCCCACGCGCUCCAGGCGGUCCCUGUCGCCCUCUCCACCGCGGUCCGACCGCUCGCCCUCUCGUCGCCGAGGGCGCUCUCCAACCACACAACGGCCUUCUCGCGGCCGCGCCAACCCCCGCUCCACUUCUCCGUCUCGGCGGCUGCCAGCUGGCGAAUCAAGACGUCAGCCCCCCGCCAAGCAGCCCUUCAUCUUCAACAGGUCUACUCCUGCCGGACGCCGCCGCAGCCCAAUCUCGGAAGGACGCCACCAGGCGGCCAUGGCGGCUCUGAGGAACGCAGUCGCUGAGCCACGUGUCUUCCGGCGCGGAAAGGGCGCCGAGAACACCGUUGUGGCGUACCUCGGCCACAACCCGCAGGAGCACGAAUCGCGCUCCAUCCGCCCCGACACCGCUGCCAUUGGCCGCACCAUCUACGGCCACAUCAAGAAGUCGCUCGACAACGGCGACUACGACCCUCCAGCAGCGUCCCCCACACGCUCGUGCUCGCCGCACGCGCCCCCGGCGCGCUCUCCUUCGCUGCAGCUGCUCGACAUUGACCGGUCCCCCAGCCCGCCACGUGUCGGUCUCGCCGAGCAGAUCUCCAAACUCCCCGACGUCCUGCAACAUCUGAAAGACGGCACUUCUCCCCCGGCGACGCCAGGACCACCGCGGCCACCCAAGCCCAACUCUCUGAAGGAGGCAAACGAGGCGCUACUCGUCAGCCAGCUCAAGAAAACGUCAGCAGCCACCCCUGUGCCGGCGGCGUCAGCCCCACCCGCUGCUGACGUCAUCAUCGAGCGCCCUGCUGGGGCGACCACUCUGCCUCCCCCUCCUCCGCCGAUGUGGAAGGCCCCGACAACUCCCGUGGCGCUUCCCUGGCCGAAGCCCCAGAUCGCUGACGUGGCACCGGCUGAGUCGUCCUCGCCACCACGCACGUCUGAUGGCGUCCCUGACGCUGUGCGGAGUCCAGCUACCCAUGCUUCAGCCCCUGCGACGCGCCUCGAGGCGGCUACGCCAGCGCCGACGUCAUCAGAGCCCCUCCCCGGAGGGGCUCCGGUGAAGAUCAAGUUCCGGGGGCCUGCAUCAUUUUCCGGCGUCAGCUCCGGCGCCCCAGUUUCUGUCAUCACGGCGGUCACCCCUGCUUCUGCCGGCAACCACAUCCCGGAGUCCGAACCCGAGCGCGCUCCACUCGCGGCGCCCAUCACGGUCGAGACGAAGCGGGAGCGCAGAAAGAAGGAACGGCGGCCCGCAGUCGACCCCACCACCGGCGAGCCGCUGAAGAGGAAGAAGAAGAAGCGCGCCAUCGAGCAUUCUGACGCUGGCGCACCCCAGAUGAAGAAGAAGAAAACCAAGAAGGGCAAGUCCGACGCGAAGGAAGCGAAAACGGCGUGCGCAGCGACGCCUUCACCCCCUCCGACGCGAAGAUCUCGGCAGGCACAGUUCAACGCUGACAUCCAAGCUGCUGCCAAGUAA